AUGAUAUACCCUAUUUCCGACAGUGCUUGGGUAUCUCCGGUCCAUGUGGUGCCAAAAAAAGGGGGGAUGACGGUGGUGAAAAACGAUAAGAAUGAGUUUAUUCCAUCUCGGACUGUUACGGGGUGGCGUAUGUGCAUUGACUAUCGCCGACUCAACACCGCUACUAGGAAGGAUCAUUUUCCCUUGCCAUUCAUGGAUCAGAUGUUGGAACGGUUAGCGGGACAAGAGUUUUACUGUUUCCUUGAUGGGUACUCAGGUUACAACCAGAUCACCGUCGAUCCGGAAGAUCAAGAGAAAACGGCCUUUACUUGUCCUUUUGGGGUGUUCGCAUAUCGAAGAAUGCCAUUCAGAUUAUGUAAUGCCCCAGCGACGUUUCAAAGAUGUAUGCUGGCCAUCUUCGCCGAUAUGUUGGAGGACACAAUGGAG